AACCCCACGCUGGCAGCCACCGCGGCCCUCAGCCCCCUGCACGGACGCGCCGGAGACAUCCGCCCGGCCCCGCUUCCGGGAGGAAGUGACGCGCCCAGUCAGCUUCCGGCCGGGGAGGCUCGGCCCCACCUCCGCGCCGGGCAACUUAAAGGGACCGCGACCCCCAGGAGGAUUGAAGGAGACCGGGAGGCUGCCGGCGUGGACCGUGGGAAGGCGGGGCUGGGGCUCGGCGGGAGGCCACCCCCGCAGCCGCCCCGGGAUGAGCGCGCCCAGCAGCUGCUGGACGCGGUGGAGCAGCGGCAGCGGCAGCUCCUGGACACCAUCGCCUCCUGCGAGGAGAUGCUACGGCAGCUGGGCCGCCGGCGCCCGGAGCCGGCUGGUGGCGGGAACGUCUCAGCCAAACCCGGAGCACCUCCCCAAACAGCUGUCUCCGCCAGAGGUGGCUUUCCAAAGGAUGCUGGCGAUGGAGCUGCGGAGCCCUGACCAUCCCUGAUGGGCGCCCUGACUUCUCUCCCUCCCGGGGCUGGUGGCUGGACUCGAACAACUCCUUUCAAUAAAGGGGCCAGUCUUCACUGGCAGUGGCUGGUACUUGGCUCUCAGCCUGGGAUGGCAGCUCUGCUAGCAGCUGGGUUCACUCCCACUUCAUCCUGGCUGAAGGCAGUGCUGAGCUUUGAAAUGUAGCCAAGGAAUACCCAGUCUGAUUACCCGGAUUUGGGCAGACCAGCAGUGCUCUCCAGAGUGGUCUGGCCUGCUUUGGGGGAUCCAGGUGGUGUUACAUGUCCAUUUCAUGCUCUGGGGGCUCCUAGCCCCACAAAACACUUUUAGCAGAGCCUUGAUUAAAAGGAAACCUGCAGACUCUCCUGGUGACCGACCUUUCCUUUCUGUCCCCUAAGACUUAGCUGGGGA